UCAGCUGGGAUCCUGCUGCAGGACACGCCUUUGGGCUGAAUGGAGCGCGCCGUGCGUAAAGUCCGACCUCAGCGGACACACAUUUGUAAUAUUAAUUUCACCUUUCUUUGUAUACACGCAUCUAACCGUCAUAAUCGAUUCGUUUUGAUCGAGUAAAUGCAGCGAUGACGCGAGAGGAAGAUCUUAUCCGUAUUGCCAAAAAACUGGACAAGAUGGUGUCUAGAAAUAACACGGAGGGAGCCAUCGACCUGCUGAGGGAGCUGAAAGAAUUCAAUAUGACACUCAAACUCCUCCAGGAAACGAGGAUCGGCAUGUCUGUUAACGGCAUCAGGAAGCACUGCACAGAUGAGGAAGUCAUUGCCUUGGCAAAGGUUCUCAUCAAAGACUGGAAAAGACUUCUGGACUCGGGCCACUCUCAUCCUGAGAAACCGACAGAAAUAAAGAAUGGUUUGGACUCCAGCAAAUCGGGGACGUCUCCUAACAGCUCCCCCUCUGAGACACAGAGCAGUCACAGGCGACUGGACGUCAAACCGAAACAGGACACAGAUCCUGACAAAAAACACUCUGAUAAAAACGUAAAAGAGAAACAUAACAAUGAACACAAAAACACGAAGAGACCCACAGAUGACCCCAGCGAUGAAAAGCACCAAAAGGAGUCCCAAAAUGAGAAACAUCCGCAAGAAAUUAGAAGAGAGAAGUUUGUGGAAGAACCUAAAAAACAAAGAUCUGCAGGCGGGGAAAAAGCAGAAACGGAUAACCAGAAACAAAAGCUUGUUCAAGACCCACAGAGUGAGAAACACAAGCCAGAACCAAGGCGAGACUGGCCGUUUGAAAAACCAAACAAAAUGAGGCUCAUUGAAGAAGUGAAAAAGGAAAAACACCCAGAGGAAGUGAAGAAGCCAAGCUAUGUAGACGACAUGAAGAAAGAGAAACACAGAGAAGGAAGUCGACACGAGAGGCCGAAUAACACGCUGCACAGAGAGAGAGCGCUGUGUGAGAGGCCCGCGGACAUUCAUAAACCAUUAUUUGAAAGGAGGGGAGUGUUGGAUAGUUGCAUCCUGUAUCCCACCAAGGUUCCCUCUCCUCCUCGACCUGCUCGGCCUCCUCUGCCGAUCAAACGGCCCUCUUUGGACCAGAAAAAAGACAGGAAGGACACCAAAGACUCUUCCACUAGACUUCCUCGUCCUCAAGCUUCUCGACCCGCCUCUCCUCCAGUGAAGCGUCCUUCACUGGAACUAAAGAAAGAGAGGAGAGUUCCACCAGACCCAAACGCUCCCCUCGCUCCUCUACCUCUUCACCUUCAUCCUCCUCCUCCAAGAAAGGAACCUCCUGACCCCAACGCGCCUCUUCCUCCACUUCCUCUUCACCUUCAUCCCCCGCCUGCUGUGAAGCGUCCCUCUCUUGAUGGGAAAAAGGAGAGCAGGAAGGAGUCAUCAGACUGUAAACCUUCUCCACAGAAGAAGACGUCAGAUCGAGAAGAAAAGAUUGGGAAGAAAGACAGGAAGGACUCAUCAGAUAGCAAAGUGCCAAAAAAACACUCAGAUGAAGCCAAGAGAGAAAGGUUGGCUAAGCAUGAGUGUGAAAAAGCUUGCAAGGAUACAAAGAGGAAAGAUUCAUGUGACUCUAAAGUGCCGCCUUUGAAAAAGCCUAAUGUGGAUGUCAAAAAAGAAAAACACAGGAAGGAGUCUUGUGACUCAAAGCCCGGCCCACCUGUAAAAUGUCAGUCAACUGACUCCAGACCUGACAGACGGGAAUCCACUGAAUCAAAGAAAAGCAGCUCACCACAAGCAAAGAAGCUCCCAGCUGAAAGGAGAGAGUCUCAAGGCUCUAAGGCCUCUCAGCCUGGACCUCCGAUGAGGAAACCCUCAACUGACUGCAUUGAAAGAAAGGGCAAGAUGGACACCCCUAAAUCACCCACCACUCCGACCAGCCCGAUGUCACCCAGCUCUACUGGAGGUCCUCUGUCCCCUCACCUCACUACCGGAGACUCUGUCAGAGACAAGUGCAUCGGGUUGCUGGCAGCCGCCCUGCGCACAGACAAUGACUUCAAAGAUUUUGGAACCAACUGUGACAGCAUGGCUGCAGAGAUUGAAGAUCAUAUCUACCAGGAGAUCAAGGCCACGGACAUGAAAUAUAAAAACAGAGUCCGCAGCCGCAUGAGCAACCUAAAGGACCCAAAGAACCCCGGGCUUCGCAGAAACGUCCUCGCAGGAAGCAUCGAAUUGAGCCGCAUUGCCAGCAUGUCUGCUGAGGAGAUGGCGAGUGACGAGCUGAAGCAGCUGAGGAACGUUCUCACACAGGAGGCCAUCAGGGAACAUCAAAUGGCCAAAACUGGAGGCACCAGCACCGACCUGCUGCAGUGCGGCAAAUGCAAGAAGAGGAACUGCACCUACAACCAGGUGCAGACUCGUAGUGCUGAUGAACCAAUGACCACAUUUGUUCUGUGUAAUGAGUGUGGUAACCGCUGGAAGUUCUGCUGAUGGCCUCCAGGUGAAACCAGGCUUUGUUUUUCUGAGCAUAAUGAAUGACAUAUUUUCUAUGAUGGGAGGGAGUUUAUAAAUUAUUGCAGCUUGUGAUUUAAAGAGAUAAAAGUGCUCUUACAAUUUUUACUUGAAUUUUUUUCAGAUUUAUAAGCAUGUGCUAAUAAUCAGGGUUUUAUGUGGAAUAAAAGACUGAGCGUGAUUUUUUUAGUUUGAUGACUGUUGGAUCAAUGAAUUAUGAUCAAGGUGCUGCCACUAUUCAAAAACUAACACUAAUACACUGUGUCACAUCACUGCUGUUCUUUGUACAGUAUAUAUCUAAUUCUAAUAAAACUGCAUAAAUCUCCAGUAUGAGGGCUAUUUAAACUCAUGUUUUAAUUUUAAAAAAUCAUUAUCAUCAUGUAUUGUAGCAUACACAUUAUUACAAAGCCUCCUUGGCAUGUGUGCAUGAAAAGUAUGAUUAAGAAGCACCAUUUUUUAAAAACUUUUUUUGUACAGCACAUCAUCUGCAAUUAUAAUUACAGCCACAAAAAAUAACUCAGUUCAUCCCUUUAUUGUUCCUAAAGUAAGGAAAUCAAAUACAAUUAUAAAAUGUAUCAAUACGGUGCAAUAACGUAAAUAACGUCCUGUAAUCAAGUUUAGAGUUAGUAUCCCAAGAGCCCCAGGGUUACUCAACAGCACCUUGACAUGUUGACAACAAUGAUGAUUAAAAAUAGAAUGAAUUGCCCAGGUUAAUACAUGUUAAUUAAAAAAAGAUAUAAUGAAAAUGAUGUGAAAAGA